UCGACGCGCCCUCAGUGUCUCGCGGUUCAUCGAUCAGUGUGGUGUGUGUCGCGUUGUUGCUCCGGUGGAUUUUUGGUGGUUUCUUCCUGGCUGGGACGUACGCGUAAUUUUUUUCGUUUGGUUUCGUAGAACCGACGCGGUGAUCGGUCAGGGGGCUCUUGAACGGGCCCAGCGGCAAUUACAAAGGAAAAGAUGCAACCGAGGAUAUACUGGAUCCUGAUCAGUACGGCCGUCAUUCUCGCGGGAUGCAACGCCGCUACCGAGAAGGAUCAAAACGAAAAAGAGAGGACAGCGGGAGGAAGUUCGACGUACAACACGUCGGACGACAUCUAUUUGGACGACCAGGAGUUUUUAGAGGGAUCUGGUCGAGGAGGCAGCGAAGGUCGCGAUACUGAAGCAUCCGGAAGUGGCCUUGGACCGGACGACGAGGACGGCGACGACGAUCACGAUUUUAAUACCAACAACAGGAUAGAACCGCCUCUUCAAAGGCCGGUAGACCAACCAAAAGUACCAUACUCCGUCAACGAACCAAGUGUUAAAACUAAGGAACAGACGAUCAUCGAGCCCGUAAACCGACCCGACAACGAGGUCGAUGUAAUCGAGCCCUUAGAUGUCGAGGACGACUCGGAAAGCACCGACGACCACCACGACGUAUACAUCAUGAAUCCGAAACACGAGGACCGUGCCAGCUCUUUCUUUGCUCAGCCAGGUGUGCUGGCAGCGGUGAUUGGUGGAGCGGUAGUUGGCCUGCUUUGCGCAAUCCUGGUGGUAAUGUUCAUCGUGUAUAGGAUGCGCAAGAAGGACGAGGGCUCGUACGCCCUGGAUGAGCCAAGAAGAUCACCAGCGGCGCAGGCGUUCCCUAAGCCCGGUGCGCCGCAUCACAAUCGAGAAUUCUACGCUUGAGGCGACGAAGCUUAUCUGGCUUUGGCACCGCCCAGUUUUGUCCCACGAUACCAUGCUGAGAAAGACGAUGUCCUUCAACCGAAUUAAGCGCCACCGCCGACGAUACGAUACAUCCGGAAUCUCCCACGAGGAUCUUGCGAAACACCUCGUUCACUGACCACAGAGAGACUUCCUUCACGUCGGGGACAAGCCAACCACCUUAAUCUCUUUCUGACCUUUCGAUCAAAGAUUUGCCCAAUACUCCUAUUUCCUUUCAUGUAAACGCGCCUUCAUUCUCUUAAUGAUCUGUUCGUUUCGAUAAUAUUCUGCGUUUUAUCAUCAAGGCGCCUGUCCUUUUUUUCAUUUUGAACCGAUCACUUUCUGAGGUGGAACCUCCCUUAACCCCACAGCACUCUAUUUUCCUACUCGUGUGCCCUCUCACGCUGCGAGUAGUCUCCUGGGUUAAGCAUUAGUCCACCUCCGAGAGUAGAAGGUAGAAACGUAGAAUCGUAGAAUGGUUUUGACUUAACUUAUUUUAUACUUUCGUACGAAGUCGGUGUUCAUUGUUGGAUGUUUGUCUUUCUUCCGUAACUAUCGUGUGCUGAUAGAACUAGAGAGAGAGGGCGAUGACUGAUGAACCGCCCCGUCGUGAGUACUCGUCGGCAAGGUCGCGCCAAUUCCAGAUGCAUUUACACAACGUGUAUUUCAAAGCGUAUGCGUAUCCAGGCGUACGUAUACGCCUCCCUGUACAGGACUGAGAGCGCGAAAAUUCGUGGGCGAUAAACGCUGCUGGUAUGUCGUUAAUCAUUCUGGCUCGGUGGAAGGAGGGAAAGGAAGAAGGAUCGUUGCGCCACCGUGAUUUCUCUUCGACGCCAAUCCCUUGAACCACGACCUCGUUUAUCAGCGUUUCCUCUGCUGUUCUCCCCUUAGUUUUUUUCUCCCUUCUUUGUUUUUCAUCCACUUUCUUCUUGUUUUCUAUUUAAUGAUCGUAUUCCAGAUUUGCAGAAACGUUUUUAACAGUAUGACCGCACAAGGGACUUUGAUCCAUUGUCGUAUUUCCCAUUUCUCGAGUCCGGUUCUAUGGAAUUGCAAUGCCCAUUACGAUCGCUAGAGGAAAACUACUCUAUAAAAUAUGAGAUUGUCCUUGUUUUUUUAAGGUUUAUUUCUGUCUUAGAAAUUCUGUGACUUAUUUUAUUCGCUAGGUUGAGAGUAAUAGAAUUAUAAUAACAGUAAGAAAAAUAAAAAAUUAGGAAAUAGGCGAUGACUAUUCGGGGAAAGUGAUAGGUAAAGACGCUAAAAAUAACUUAAGGUUCUUAAUUUUUUAAAAGUCAUUAAUAUACCUAGAUAUGUCGUAGGAUAAUUAAAUAGAUAAUCCAGUAAGUUAAAUGGAUUGUUUAUAAUAAAUGACUAUAACGUGUUUGCAUUUUGGCGAAGGCAAACAACGUUAACCAUUAAUUAAAAGAAAAUUUAGAGGAAAUUGAAUACAUAUUAAAUCGAUUAAUUUAAAUUAGGUACGUAUUCAAAUGUUUGUAUGUUAAAUCACGUUAAUCGUACAAUUUAUCUCCUAAUCUUACAUAUCGGUAUUUGGUCACAUCAGAUCGAUUUGCAGUUCAAUCUUUCUCCUGUUUUUUCUAAUAUACAUAUAUAGUUCUUCAUUGAACGUCAUAUGGCACAAAUAUAGUCGCAAUGUUUUCCUAAUAAGAUACUUCUCUAAUAUAUAUGACAAUUAUUUAUUUCUGAGUUACUAACAUAAAAUCGAUAUCUCCGUGAAUAAUUAGACUUAAAAUUCCAUAUGAUAGUUCCAAUCUUAAUCUCGAGAUUUUUAUUGUAUUUAUUCGUCGAACGUGUGAAUUAUUUAAAUUAUUGAUUCACUUACGAAAACUCCCAAAAACCAGUAGUGUGAAUCCUAAUUUAAAAUCAGAGAAUCUGUUUUAUUAAUAAAACGCUCAUUAAUAUUUCAUUAGGCUCAUGAUAAGAGUUAAGCCGAAGCCGCCAGGCGAAUGUGUCUUCGUCGAACGCGGUUGUAUCGAUUGCCAUGCACUUACGAUUAAUGGAUAAAAAACUAGGCGUGCCAUUUUAAGCCACCUUAAGUGACGACGUUCUCCACAACCGAUUGGUCGAUCUUCCGUGAGAGCGAAACGAACGAUAUUUGUGAAAGAAGAGAUUCACUUAUCGAUCGCAUUUUAUCAAUAAAUUGAGCACAACGUAUCCUCACGAUCAUUCCCUUCUUCCACCUUAAGGAAACUAAGAAACAUUUUGUAUCUUAAGGAGAGAAAAAGCUUCUUCUGCUAGUCGAGAGAGAUUCUAUUUGCCAUGGACAAAAAAAGAAAAAACAAAGAAAGACGUUUAAAUUUGCUGCGUGUACGCAAGGACGUCACAUCUUCCGAUCUUGAAAGAAACACACGUACGUACACGCAUAGAUUUAUAUACGUAAACACGAUUUUCAUCUCCGACUACAAAGAGACACGCGUAUGCCAUAUUGAAAACCGAAGCAAAAAAAA